UACUUCGUUGGUGUCGUUUUGUUUUCAUUCCAUACGUGAAUGUCCGUACGAUUAGAUGUGUUUGGUGGAUUGAAACCGGACGCGCGUUAUCUCUUUCAUUAGUAUAUUUACAAGGGAAAAAGUUCAUUUUCCUUUUGACGAAAAAGAAUUCGUUAAGAAUUGCAGUCAGUGAUUUAGGGAUAAAUAUUUUUUUUUAAAUUAAAAAUCGUCGUAGAUUUUAGAAACAAUUUUAUUGAACAAAAACCAUAGACUGGUUAAUUGAAAAUAAAUUACGAAAAUAAUUUUUUUCUUAUUUCUUGAAGCGGAUGUGAUCUUCUAGAUUUUUACAUUGAAAGUGAAUUUAUAUGCAAAUAGCAAUAAAAAGCGUUUUGUUGGAUGGCGCUUGUUGGACGAGUUUGUUUGUUAAUUGUUUAGCAAGAUAAUUGUGUGUGUAUUUUUCGUUAAGACUUUUACACUUAGUAAAAAUCAAUCCGUACAACUAUGUGAUGCUUUGACCUCGGAUCAAUACUAAUAUGUUUGAUUUCUUUGUUCGAAUUUCGUUAAUUAUGACUCGGGCUAAAAAUAAUUUCGUAACACGAUUUAAGCACUAAACGUUAAACGAAUCAUUUAAUUUGUAAUACGACGAAAUUGUAUCGUAUAGAUGUUUUAAAACUUGAUUGUGAAUGACGCUCCGGGCUAACCAUAUUUAAACAGUUCCACUAAACAACCGAAAAAAGAGACCAUCAAACCCGACACUAAUUUCGUUGUUAAAUUUAAAUUAUAAAAUGCAAUAAGAAGGGAACCACCACCACCAACACAAUUCAAACGAAACUGUUGCAUCGAAAGAAAAAGACCGUAAAAGUUAAGCGAAUUAUAAUGUAAAGAGUUCUUCAUACAAUUUCUACAAUGAUUUUCAACAAACACCGUCGAAAUCAAUGGCAAAACGCAGCAAUGACCGUCCUUGCCAUAGGAGCGCUCUCAUUAUGCCAUGCGAUAGACUUUCAAUGUUCAAAUCAGGAUGAUUUCUUCUAUGCAGUGCCCGACAAACGCUGCAGUUCUUACUACAGAUGUAAUGCACAAAAAACGAAGAUCGUUCACGAAUGUGCGCCUGAAUCAAAGUUUGAUUUCUAUAAGCAAACGUGUUCGCGGGCCCCAGGUAUCUGUUACGAGCCUGUAUGCUCCGGUAAAGUAGAUGGACACUAUCCUGACACAACACAUGCUUGUCGACGAUCAUAUCAAUGCAAAAGUGGUCGUCUCGUUUCAAUAGACAACUGUCCCUAUGGCCAAUUAUUCAGCGGACACAGCUGUACGGCACAAGAUUUCGUGACCUGCGAACUACCUCAAAGUACAGCUAUUGCAUAUCCGUUUUCCGGGGACCGCAGAUGCAGGGGUCUGUCCAAUGGCAUCUACGCUGCACCAGAUACAAAUUGUGCACGGUACAUUACCUGUGACAAUCAGGAAGUUAUUAAAGACACUGAAUGUGCCGAUGGAUAUAAGUACGACGAUGGCGUUAAACAAUGUCGACCGGCGGGCCAAGUGAAAAGUUGUUCAGCUGCGAGUGAUAAAUUGUGCGUUGGUUUGCCAAACGGAUACAAUCACGAUCCCAUGUCGACUACAUGCAGAAGUUACUUAAAAUGCCACGAUCAGAAAUUGAUAUCCAGAGAAUUUUGCUCGUCACAAGCGGUUUUCAAUGGAAAUUUAUGCGUUCCACAACCGCUGUAUGAGUGCCCGUUUGCCGUUGCUGAAAUAGCCGCAAGUCGUGAUAUGUGCCAUGGAAAAACAAAUGGAUUGUACAGCGAUCCUCGAAGGGGUUGCAGCACUUAUGUAAAAUGCGCUCAGGGCAAAAGGGUCGAAAGUUCAGAAUGUUCACAAAAUUACUAUUUUGACCCACACAGCCGCCGUUGUGUAUACGAAAAAGCCUUGAAUAAGCGGAAAUGCCAAGAGCCCAUUGCCUCCAGUGAGUGCGUUCAACUUGAGAUGGGCUACUAUCAAGACAAAACCAUUGAAUCGUCCUGUCAAAAAUAUUUCUUUUGCUACAAUGGAAACAGGACCAAUUUCGAAUGCCCCAACGGAAAAGUGUUUGAUGGAGAAAAUUGUGUUCGAUCAGAUUUGUAUACUUGUCCUAGCCAUAGUCGGAACAGCUGUGCAUCGAAAGCGGACGGAUACUAUAAAGACGAGAGUGCCGGCUGUCGUGCUUAUUUCUACUGUUCAAGAGGUCAUAAGUAUCGAUAUCUAUGUAAAGAUGACGAAAUGUUCGAUGGGACAACGUGUGUUCCACGAAAGUCCGAUGACGACUGUCAAGAUAUGAACGAAUGUGUGGGUAAAACAGACGGAUACUAUCAACACAUCGAGUCAAAUUGCAGGAAAUACUUUUUCUGCUUGAAACAAGAAGUGGUCACCACAUUAACGUGCCGCGGCAGCAAAGUGUUUAACGGUCAUAAAUGUGUGCCCGUCAAUGAAUUCACGUGUCCCCGGUUCGGCGAUGAAGACCUACAGAACUGUGUUCCACGUACAAUGUGCCAUAAGCAAUGCAAAGCGAACGGGUUCUAUGCCGACCUUGAUUCUGGUUGUCGACAAUAUCACUUUUGCAUUGCGAACAAUAAAAGUGUGCUGACCUGUGCCGACGGAUUGUUAUUUAACGGUGAAAUAUGUGUGCCCGAAGAGCAAUACACUUGUCCGAAAUAUUGUACUGAUGUGAUUCCGGACAGUAACGCUUGUUUAGAGUAAAAGAGAAAUUUUUUAGUGCUAAGUUCUUUACCUGAUAAAUUGUUUGAACCGUUUUACGAAACUAGAUUCGAUAAUAAAACUUUAGUUCUAAGUGGAAAAUAUGAUUUGGUUACAAAUAGAGGUUAAUACUGAAAA